GAGCCCCAGGCCCAAAGACCAGUCGGAGCGUCACUCGCACGCUGCGCCCCACGCUGCGUCCGGCCCUGGAGGGUGAUGGCCUGGCUUGGGAGCACCCUGGUCCUCAUCCUGCUGCUCGUCCAGCCCGGCUGGGCCCAGCCCAAGUUCCGGAUGGAAAAGUCAGAGGUGAGAGUCGUGGAGCCGGGAAAGACGGUGGAUCUCAAGUGUGAAAUCUUAGGAACCAGCCAGACCGGGCUCUCCUGGGUCCACCAGAGGCCCGUCAAGCCAAACCAAAACGCGAUGGCCCCCACCUUCCUCGUCUUCUUCUCGGGGACCGUCAAAACCAUCCGGAAGGCCGAAGGUCUGGACAGAAGUUUGGAAGCCAAAAGGCUAAGCUCCGCCUCCUUCCAGGUGACCCUGAAGGACUUCCAGGAGAAGGACGAGGGUCACUACUACUGUGUGGUGGCCUAUAACCAGGCCCUCUACUUCAGCCGGUCCAUGUCCGUCUUCUUGAAAGGACCGGCCACCACCCGCCCUCCGGUGCCCAGGACGACGACGGCCCGGCCGGACCCUCUCAAUGUGACCCGGACCACCCCGGCCCUCAGCAACUGCCAGGACAGGCCCAGCUCCAAAAAGUCCCUAAAUCAGAGAUGGUUCUGGGAUUUCUCCUGUGACCUAUACAUCUGGGGGCCUUUGGCCGGGGGCUGUGUCGUCCUGCUCAUCGCUCUGCUGACCACCAUCAUCAUCUGCAAAAAAUCCCGACGGCGCGUCUGCAGAUGUGCAAGACCCCUCAGCAGGCCCCCCAGAAAGCCCGGAGUACCAGGCUGAUACAUUAAAUAUGGCUGAGUGCUGGUGAGCAGACUACGGGACUUCUAAGAUCAUUUUCCUCACUUCCCCGUUACCCUGUGUUUUGUAUUCUAUUUCCCUUUUUAAUGAAUUUUUAAAGUUUAAGUAAUAUAAAAACGGUGGAAGAUGGGUGGGUCUGGUUGUGUUUGUGGGUGUGUGCGUGCGUGUGAAUAUAUGAUCCUGGACAAUGUCACUGGUUUACGCACUUUUGGAACACGUAGUAAGGUGCAGGUAGAAUCAUGCUUUGGAACCAAAUAAAAGCUUCCGGAAGUGGACUUUGAUUGAUUAGCACAUAUGAUGAUUGGAACAUGUAGUAAGGUGCAGGUAGAAUCAUGCUUUGGAACUAAAUAGAAGCUUUCGGAAGUGGACCUUGAUUGAUUCCCCCUUUUAGACUGUGAGCCCACUGUUGGGUAGGGACUGUCUCUAUAU